GUUUUUUUUUUUUUUUUUUUUAAUUACACCCUAGACACAUUACACCGUAGACAUGAUGGAGAAGACCCCUCAUCUCUCAGUACCCCUCAUCUCUUUGUAAUUUUCACAAUUCUGGGCAAUCUCCACCUUCUUUACCCUCUCAUUCGGCACCAAUUGAGAAUUGAGGCGCAAAAACGAUAGUGGCGUGACUGGUUGCUGACAAGUUCAACCACCCAACUUUUACCAGUCUAUUUAAGGACAAUGGUUUUUUUUUUAUUACUAAUUAAUUAACUUUCGAGGUUUAGGGGUUUAGAGAGAGAAAAGAGAGAAACCAAAAAAAUGGGAGAGGCAUUCGCUUAUAAGGAAUACUUAGCUGGUUUACUUGCUGGUGUAGCCACUGUUAUUACUGGUCACCCUUUUGACACUGUCAAGGUGAAGCUGCAGAUACAUAAUACAGAAGCACAUGGGAUUAAGUACAAGAAUGGUUUGCAUUGCACUACUAGGAUACUACAGACUGAAGGAGUUAAAGGACUGUAUAGAGGGGCAUCAUCAUCUUUUGUUGGGAUGGCUUUUGAGAGUUCCCUUCUUUUUGGCAUAUAUUCUCAAACAAAGCAGUCAUUGCAGGGAGGAUUGCAAAGUGAUGCGCCUCGACCCCAAGUAAUAAUUCCAUCAGCAGCAUAUGGUGGAGCUAUUAUCAGUUUCUUAUUAUGCCCAUCAGAGCUAGUAAAAUGUAGGAUGCAAAUUCAAGGAACUGACUCCUUGGUUCCAGAGUUCAGUAGAUACAGCAGCCCUCUUGAUUGUGCCCUCCAAACAGUGAAAAAUGAAGGGGUGACAGGCAUUUUUCGUGGAGGUUUUACAACGUUGUUGAGAGAAUCUAUUGGAAACGCAGUCUUCUUUAGUGUUUAUGAGUAUGUUCGUCAUUACAUGCAUUUACAAUUGAAACCCACUUUAUCUGACCGCAGCAAUUUAGUUGACAUGGGGAUUGGAAUUGUGACUGGUGGCCUUGGUGGCGUAGCUUUUUGGUCUGCCGUUUUGCCUUUGGAUGUGGCGAAAACCAUUAUCCAGACAUCUCCUGAUAAAAGCUCCUCAAGAAAUCCAUUUCUAAUUCUGAACUCUGUAUGUACCAGCUGUAUUAAUGCAAUUGCUUGCUUGCAGUCUUUGUGCUGCAAAAACCUGUGCCAGGUUACUGUUUUCAUGGAUGCGUUCAUAAAUUGUUGUCAAGAAUCGAGACAGUCUUGGUGGAUCAACUAUGAGAAUCCUUCGCGUUUCUAGCUAAUUAAGUCUCUUGCUAAGGUAAUUGAGAUUUAAUUUUGAAACUUUAGGCUUCAGACUUGAGAGUUUCCACUGAUAUAUUUCCACUGCAUCAACCCCCCCCCCCCCUCUUUUUUUAAUAUGCUUUCUGCCUGAUACACUGAAAGAGAAUUUCAAACACUACAGCACUUGGUAUGAAUGCCGUGGAAAUCACCAUAAUUCAAGAAGAAACGCUCUUUUACCUCCAUGUUAUCCAUGCAAACUUGAUCCUGCUUACGUUGCUUGCAUUGCACCUUGCAACUAAGAUCUUUGGCCUACUUUAGGCAAAAUAUUCUUCUUAGGAGAAUUGAGAUGUUAGCAUGCUUACUAUCUAUACAAGUGCUGCCAUAAUCCCAGGAGAAGACAUGGAGAUUAGGACGUCUAAUCAGAACUACCAAUCCCAUGAUCAGAAAAGGCUAUACAAAUCCCCCCAUUUCAGCUAAAGAAACAAUUAGUCAAAUUAUCAAUGAUAAAUCAAUCGCUAAGUAUAUCUAUAACCCUUUUGAUUUAUUAAAAACUAGCCACUUGCCCUUGCGUUGUGUGGAGUUUUUUAUUAGAUUCUAAGAGCCUAAUAAUGGCGUGCAAUUGUUAAACUAAUUCCAAUUUUGUGGAGUUAACAUGUUUUUUUAUUGAGAAAGAAACAAAAUGAGAUGAUUUGUAUGAUUAUUUUA